AUGGUACUCGGCCUUAGGUCUCGCAAGGGGGACUCGGGAGAUGGCAACAUCGAACCAGUGGUGGUAAAUGACAGCUCCUCGGAGAAACACGGCCUGGAGGACGCCAAGUCAGCGCAGCCCGAGCGUACAGAGCUGGAACACUCUCACCUCACUGAUGAACAGGCCGCUCGUCGAUUGAAACUCUUUCGAGAAGCCGCUGAAAAUGACCCGAAUAUUGACGUUGACGACCUCGGUGCGGUUGACUAUGCCGUGGAUGGGCAUGAUGUUAACAAAGAGAAUCAACUAGUGGAUGAACUCAUGGAGAACUCACCUUAUCCAGAAGUUCGUGCUGCGGUUCGAAACUAUGACGUUGACCUGCCGGCCAACACGAUUCGUGCCUGGAUUAUCGGGAUGCUCAUGACGACGAUAUUCUCUGGAAUCAACAUGCUCUUCUCGCUUCGUCAACCAUCAAUAUAUAUCUCUUCCUACGUGGCCCAGCUUGUUGCAUAUCCUGUCGGCGUCGGCAUGGCUAAAAUUCUCCCCAACAAGGAGUUCAACAUGUUUGGACUCAAGUUCAACCUAAACCCUGGGCCAUUCAACUUCAAAGAGCAUGGCCUCAUUGUACUUAUGGCAAAUGCUGCUUAUGGCAGUGGGGCGUCAUAUUUCACCGACAUCCUUACCGCCCAAAAGGCCUUCUACGGCUUUGACUUUGGAGUCGUUUACGCAAUUUUGUUAGGCCUCACAACCCAGGUUAUUGGAUUUGGCAUGGCUGGCCUCGUCCGUAUCUGGUUAGUUGAGCCGGCAGCUAUGAUUUGGCCAGCAGACCUCGUCAAUGUCGCCUUCAUGUAUACUCUUCACGAUCAUUCCAAGACUGACCCUGCAAAGACAAAUGGCUGGUCCAUUAGCAGGUACAGGUGGUUCUUGUAUAUAUUCGUGGGCGCCUUUUGCUGGUAUUGGAUCCCCGGAUUUCUUUUCCAGGCGCUGAGCGUUUUUGUCUUCCCGGUCUUCAUAGCGCCGAACAACGUUACUGUGAACAAGGUUUUUGGAGGCUGGACAGGCAUGGGUCUGUUACCAAUUACCUUUGACUGGACACAGAUUGCGGGCUAUGCUGGAUCUCCGUUAAUUCCGCCCUGGCAUGCUAUUGCUAACACCUUGAUUGGUGUUGUCACCUUCUUUUGGAUUACCUGCGCUGGUCUUCACUGGACAGGGACAUGGUAUGCCGAUUGGCUUCCCUUUAGUGACGAUACCUCAUGGGAUAAUACGCAAAAUCCGUACAACGUUUCACGAGUUUUGACUCCAGAAAAUACCUUGGACGUUAAGAAAUACGAGGAAUACUCUCCCAUCUUUCUCUCAACGACUUUUGCAAUGGCAUACGGUUUAUCUUUCGCAAGUAUUAUCGCACUCAUUUUCCACGCCGCGCUAUUCCAUUCCAAGGAGAUCUGGCUUCGCUGGCGUGACAAGGAGCAUGCAUUGGAUGAUGUUCACGCUAGAAUGAUGCGCAAGUACCCUCAGGUACCACAGUGGUGGUUUGGGCUAGUAUUCCUCGUCAUGUUUGCCCUCUGCUUUGUGACCUGUUAUGUUUGGGAUACAGGUUUGACGUGGUGGGCAGUCAUCCUGGCCAUGAUAAUUGCGCUCGUCUGGCUCAUACCAAUUGGAAUUGUUCAAGCUGUCACCAAUAUACAGCUUGGACUGAAUGUUUUUACCGAAUUCAUCAUCGGUUACAUGUUACCAGGACGCCCCACGGCCAUGAUGAUGUUCAAGACAUACGGCUACAUUACAAUGACGCAGGGCCUUGCUUUUGUCGCCGAUAUGAAACUUGGUCAUUAUCUCAAACUGCCUCCCCGAACCAUGUUUUUUGGCCAAAUUGUUGCUACCAUAUGGGCAGUUUUUGUUCAGAUUGGCGUAUUUUACUGGGCCAUGGGCUCACUCAAAGAUGUUUGCACGCCACACGCCGUCGCCCACUUUACCUGUCCUAACGGUUCUGUUUUCUUCACGGCGUCUGUCUUAUGGGGUCUCAUCGGCCCUGCGCGUAUUUUCUCUGGCAAAGGAAUCUACACGAGCCUGCAGUACUUCUGGAUCGUGGGUGCGGCGUUGCCAAUUUCGUUUUGGCUGAUUCGAAGAAAGUGGCCCAACAGCUUUGUUCGAUAUCUAAAUGCUCCGGUCAUCUUUGCUGGUAGUGGAUUGAUCCCACCCGCUACACCAUUGAACUACGUAUCAUGGGGAAUCGUGGGAUUCAUAUUCAACAGAUGGAUUCGGGGCCGCUGGAGAGGUUGGUGGGUACGAUUCAACUACGUCACCUCGGCUGGUCUUGAUAGCGGACUUGCUAUUUCUACUAUCAUUAUCGUCUUAACUCUAAGUCUUACCAAUACAGCCGCACCAAGCUGGUGGGGUAAUAAUGUUGCUGGCACGACGUUGGAUGCCAACGAUGCCGCCUUCAACAAGGUCCUUGAACAGGGCCAGACGUUUGGGCCGAGAACCUGGUGA